AUGGGCUGCUCCAGCAGCGCCCUCAACAAGGCGGGAGACAACAGCAAGUUCAGCAGCGUAACUUCAAAUGAGUGUUUAUCUACCACAGAAGAAAGUGAUUCCUGUGUUGCCCAACCCACACCCCGCACACCAGGAAAAGAAUCCAUAUUUCAUGGCAACAUACAAAGGGAAAGCCUUCCCCCUCUGGAGAAGCCCAAGGCAUCAGUGGUGCCUACAGCUAAUGGUGUUGUAUCCCGUGAACGACCCCUGGCAAAGGAGGUAGCCCCUGAAAAGGAUGCCAUAGACCAGAUAGGACCUACAGAGAAGACUCAGCCUCUCCAGGGACCCGAGGAAUCUGAGGCACCUCAUUUAGGUGGCAGAGAUGAUACCCCAGGAGCAGAAGAAAAGAAGAAGGAUGUGGAAACAAUGACAGAAGUUCAGGCUGUAAAUGCUGAGACUGAACUUUCAGAAGUCAAGGAUCCAUCUUCAGAGACAGCAGGAGAGAGGCACUCCUCUGGAACAGGGGAAGAUGCUGGGAAUCCACCAACUGUUGCGGUGAUGCAACCUCCAGGAACAAUGGAGAACAUUCAGCCUCUGGAAACAGAUGGAGAGCUGCGGCCUCCAGAAGCAACGGGAAAAGAUGAACAGUCCCAAUUUCUAGGAGCAAUUCCCAAAGAGCACAAAUCUCCAGAAAUGUUGGAAGGAAGUCAGUUUGUGGAAACUAAUGAAGAACAGAAAUUUCAAGAAACAGUGGGAAACGAGGAGCAAUCCCAGCUUCUAGAAACCAUUUCCAAAGAGAAUUUAACAUCAGAAAUAUUGUACAGAAGUCAGUCUGUGCAAACUCCUGUCAUGAACGACUUACUCCACACAAAUUCUGAAGGUCCUGAAAACAUGGAGCAGAUUCAACCUGAAAGAAUAGUUGGAAGCAUGGAGCAACCGGAAGGAAUUCCAGAGACAGCGGCAAAUGUGGAAAUGGCUGGAAAAAUUCACACUAACCAAGCAGACCAACACACUGAAGGUGAGACAGGAGAAAAGGUGGAAACAGAGAUGGAGAAUGAGAAUGUAAGUGAAAGGGCUGAAACAAAAGAAGAAGAAACAGGAGAAGCYGUGGAUCUUUCAGCAGCCACAGCUGGGGAUGGCGACAGAAGGACUUUGGAGUAA